AUGUAUUGGCCCAUCGGAACCCCCAGAAUCUUCGCAACGAGUAGCAGGUCUGGUCCUGCGUUCAACCUCGUCGUCUCUCACGAUGGCCUGCCCAAUCCAUUCGACAACCGACCAACCGAUGAGCCCUCUUCAUACCUCAAUGCACAGUCGCAACAUUCCCAACAACACGACGACAUAGAGGUCGCCACUCCUCUUACACCAGUCACGCCUGCCAUUCAAUCUGUCGACCAUGACGAUGCCCACGGCUCAGAAACAACUCGUCCGUCACCUCGGCUCAACGUCAACAUUCCCCUAAAAGAUCCGGUACUUGCGCUGCGCAUCUCCCGGCCCGGUCAUCUCUUUGCCGUGAUAACCUCGACAUCAAUGACGAUAUGGCAAGCCAAGCCUACGGUCAUCCUAGCCGUGGUUGUCCGCUCAGAAUCGUCCCUGUCAACUUAUGGCGAAAAUGUGGAUCUUCUACUGCGCCCCGACUCUGCCAUCUUUGUGGUUCGAACAACACUGGGCUAUCUCAUCACAUAUUCUUUGGCGACCGACUCUGAGGCCCAAGUCUACAAGCCUUACUUCCCGAGUUACGCGAAUAUUCAGCGACGUCGCCAAAACCACCACGGUGGGCCCGGCAGUACAGCUCCCGAUCAGUAUCUUUGGGGUCCUGGUGAAGGCCAAGGGGUGCGUGACGUGAGCGUUCGCUUCAGAAUGGUUAUCAAAGUCGAUGCCGGCAUAGAGAGCGCUCUGGCACUGGAUGACGAGCUGGUUGUGGCCACGCGCAAACCAGCAGCUAUUCAGUGCAUACGCUGGACUCCGGACCAAAGCGGCAAUCAGACUAAGACGGAGAUUAUUAGUCGAAUGGGGUGGCUGGAGAAGAAGAUCACCGUCGUUCAGAUGACCCAUGAUCGACCUAUGAACCUGUCAACUUGGACCACCAGUGACGGCAAGGUUUAUGCAGUCCAGCGUCUACAUCCGCGCGACCAGUCUCAAGGAAAUUCAGAAGGUGUGGACCCCAAGAAGCUAUUCAAGGGUUACUGUUUCCACGCCCCGAUGAAACCGGAAGAAGCUGCCAAAAGAGCUGUUAUUAAUGCAAGAUUUUCUUUGAUCGCUGUUGGAUGCGCGGAUGGCUGCAUCCGUGUCUAUUCCGCUCGAGACUAUGCAGGCAAUAUCCCGCCCUCGCACACGCACACUACUCCGGUGUCGACGACAGUUUCUGGCUCAAUUACCACUUUGAGCUACUCCCCUGACGGCUACUGUCUAUUCGCUGGCUUUGAAAACGGCUGGGCUACCUGGAGUGUCUAUGGAAAGCCUGGCAGCCAUAGUUUUGGCGCGCAUGAUGCGAUCAUUAAGGCCAACGGUGAGAACUGGAUCGCUGGCGUAGGGGAUGCUGUCUGGCUUGGAAGUGGCUCAGAAGUACUCAUCACGCAUCGUCAGCACGAGGCAAUCUGGGUUCUGGAAAUGGCCAGGAGUGCAGUGGUCGGCAACUACAACGCGGCAAAUCUCAUGCGCACGGUAUUGCAGACGAGCACCAAUGUCAUGGUAUACCGCGGGUAUGAUCUGCCGGAUCUGGCGAGUAUCUCUGCAGAGCCUCAUUUGUGGCAUACGACAAAAGUACCUUCGACCUACCUUCUUCAACAAUGGCCGAUCCGGCAUACCGUGAUUUCACCAGACGGGCGAUAUGUCGCGGUGGCUGGACGCCGAGGUUUGGCUCACUACAGUGUCAACAGUGGCCGUUGGAAGACGUUUGCCAACGAAGCCAUGGAAAACGAGUUCCAGGUCAGAGGCAGCAUGUGUUGGUAUCAGCACAUCCUUGUGGCUGCAGUGGAGGCCAACAAGACGCAUGAACUUCGCCUCUAUUCUAGAGAGACGGUCCUCGACAACUCUCAAGUACUACACACUCAGCUAUUACCAGCACCGGUGGUGCUAGUGACUACAUCGGGGGAAGACUCACUGCUUGUAUACACGUACGAAAACCUCCUUUACCACUUCAUUUUUGCGCCUACCGGCGGUUCGAUUAGACUGGUUCAGCUUGGGCAAAUUGCGUUCCAUGGCAUAGUGCGGUCACCCGCUAGAGUUCGUGGGCUGAGCUGGAUUUUGCCGGAUAACCAACUCGUUGACGGUGAUCCGUCACAGGAUGUCGCUGUUGCGUCAGUCUUGUUCUUAGUUGAUGCCAAACUAGUAUUACUUCAGCCGUCGUUCAACAGCGAGGGGAAUCUGAAGUAUGACAUGAAAGUCAUCGCCCAAAACGUGGAAUUUCAUGUUAGCAUGAGGGACCAGCCGCAUUUCGACGCGAUAGCUACGCAAGCAGAAGAGUCUCUGUCAACGGGAGCAGACGUCACUUUGCGGAACUCCCUAUGGGUAUUCGAUGGCCAGGAAUUCAAGCUGUGGCCAGACAUACAAGAGGUGUUGCGAGCAGCAUCGACCGAGAUGCAACGCGAUUUGCCGAAGACAGUAUCAGUCCCUCUAGACUUCUAUCCUCUUUCAACACUCCUUAGCAAGGGCAUAAUUCUCGGGGUAGAAGCCGAUCUUGUACAGAGGCGGGACAUCAGUUUCUCAUUUUUCCGCUUCGCUAUCAGGACACAUCUGUUCUUGCCCGAUGUAUUGCGCUUUCUUCUUACUGAGGGCAGGACUGUAGACGCGGUCAAGCUAUCAGAACACUAUCAAAGCCUGGAGUAUUUUGCGCAUGCGCUGGAAAUCUUGCUUCACAAGGUUCUGGAUGACGAAGUGGAUUCUGGCCCAAGCCCGGAGGAGGCAAUCCUACCAAAGGUUUUGUCAUUGCUGUCUUCUUUCAAGCAGUAUCUGGAUAUUGUGGUACAGUGUACAAGGAAAACAGAGGUGAGACAGUGGCGGACGCUGUUUGCAUACCUCCCACCGGUGCAAGAGCUGUUUGAAGAGUCGCUUCAGCGAGGGUCUCUCAAGACUGCCGGUGGCUAUCUCAUCAUCUUACACACACUAGACGAGUUGGGAUCUGCUUCGGAGCAAACUGUGCGAUUGCUGUCAAGGGCGAUGAAGGAGGGCGACUGGGAAUUAUGCAAGGAAUUGGCACGGUUCUUAGCAGCCAUGGACGAGACGGGCGACACACUACGCGAGGCUAUGGAAGGGGUGAACAUCACACUGAAGAGCAACGAGGACCAAACUGGAAUAAUGAGUCGGCUUGGUGUGCCGAAUAGCAGGGGCGUCAAUGGUCUGGGCCUAAAAUACGCAGAACAGAGCGACGACAUGGAGUCAGAAGGCCAGUCUGUUAGCGACGCUGCGAGCUUCAGUUCGGAUGGUCGCUAG